AUGGCUGGCCGGUCUUCUCGCAUCACUUGUAACAGUGGUACCAAGAACUUCAGUUCUUGUUCCGCUGUGGUACCCAGGCCUGGGGCUCGGACAGGUGUUACCACCCUCUCCUACCGAGGAGGAAGCCCUGGAGGCCUGGGCUAUAGGAAACUUGGGGGCUUUAGCAGCCGGAGCCUGUGCGUUGUGGGGUCCCCUCAAAUCUCUAUAGGAUGUGGACGCUCUCUACGAAGUGGGGGUAGCUUUGGCUACCGAGUCGGAGGCCUAUGUGGGCCCAGCCCCCCCUGUAUCACAACUGUUACUAUCAAUGAGAGCCUCCUGACCCCCCUCAACCUGGAGAUCGACCCCAACGCCCAGUGUGUGAAGCACGAGGAGAAGGAGCAGAUCAAGUGUCUUAACAACAAAUUUGCUGCCUUCAUUGAUAAGGUCCGGUUCUUGGAACAGCAGAACAAGCUGCUGGAGACCAAAUGGAACUUCUACCAGAAUCAGAGAUGCUGCCAGAGCAACAUGGAGCCCCUCUUCAGCGGCUACAUUGAGACCCUGAAGCGGGAGCUAGAGUGUGUGGAGAUCGAUAGUGGGCGUCUGUCUUCUGAGCUUAACCACAUGCAAGAAGUGUUGGAGGGCUACAAGAAGAAGUAUGAAGAAGAGGUAGCACUCAGAGCUACAGCUGAAAAUGAGUUUGUGAUCCUGAAGAAGGAUGUAGACUGUGCUUACCUACGGAAGGCAGACCUAGAAGCAAAUGUUGAAGCCCUGAUGGAAGAGAUUAACUUCCUGCAAGCCCUGUAUGAGGAGGAGAUUCGGCUGCUCCAGUCACAAAUAUCAGACACCUCUGUCGUGGUGAAGAUGGACAAUAGCCGGGAGCUCAACAUGGAUGCAGUUGUUGCUGAGAUCAAGGCUCAAUAUGAUGACAUCGCUAGUCGUAGCCGGGCUGAGGCUGAGUCUUGGUACCGCAGCAAGUGUGAGGAGAUGAAGGCCACUGUGACCCAGCAGGGAGAGAAUCUCCGGAGAACCAAAGAGGAGAUCAAUGAGCUGAACCGCCUGAUUCAGAGGCUGACAGCAGAAGUGCAGAAUGCCAAGCAGCAGCGCUGCAAGCUGGAGGAUGCGGUGUCUGAGUCGGAGCAGCAGGGCGAGGCAGCUCUGAAUGAUGCCAAAUGCAAGCUGGCAGAGCUGGAAGAUGCCCUUCAGAAGGCCAAGCAGGACAUGGCCUGCCAGCUGCGGGAAUACCAGGAGCUGAUGAAUGUCAAACUGGGGCUGGAUGUGGAAAUCGCCACCUACAGGAAGUUAUUGGAAGGAGAGGAGAGCAGGUAG